AUGAAACGAAGAGAUCUACCAUAUGGAAGAAGAUGCAUCAAAUGCAAAUGGGUAUUCAAGAUCAAGAGAAAUGGAGUGUUCCGAUCAAGACUUGUUGCAUGCGGAUACUCACAAAUUCCUGGAGUUGACUUCACAGAACACUUUGCUCCAGUUAUCAAUGACAUCACAUGGAGAAUACUACUGGUUGCGAUGAUGAUUUGGAAACUUGACGCUUGGUUGAUCGACGUGGAAACAGCCUUUCUACAUGGAGAAUUUGAUGAAGGAGAACAGAUAUUCAUGAAUCUGCCUGUUGGAUAUGAUCUUGUGGAUUCGUCAAUUGAUAUGAGUGAAGAUUGUAUUGAAUUAAUGAAAACCGCAUAUGGGACCGUGCAAGGAGCGCGACAAUGGUGGAAAAAGUUCGUGUCGAUCUUGAAAGAUAUUGGAUUCGAAGGUGGAGAUGCAGAUCCUUGUUUGAUGCAUUGGAACAGUGAACAUGGGAUUGUUUUCAUUGGCUUAUAUGUUGACGACUGUCUUUGCAUUGGAAAACCUGAAGCAUUGGAGCUAGUUGAGGCAAAACUGAAGGAGAAAGGACUCACUCUGAAAACCGAAAAGACCCUGAAAGAUUAUUUGAGCUGCGACGUCAGCUUCAACGAAGAUCGCACAAAAGCAGUAUUACGUCAACCACACUUGUUGAAGACAUUGGAAGAGGAUUUUGGAGAAAUGGUACGAAACAUGCCUAAAUACAAGACACCUGGAACGCCAGGACAAGGUCUUGUUUGCAGUGAAGAAGGUGUAACCGUGACACCUGAAGAACAGAAGCAAUUUCGAAGUGGAACCGGAAAGUUGCUCUAUCUUGUGAAGCAUACAAGACCUGAUAUCGCAAAUGCAGUGAGAGAACUAUCAAAGGUACUUGAUUCGACAACACCAAGAGCAAUGAAAGAGAUGAAGAGGAUCAUCAAGCAUGUAUUGGAUACGAAAGGACUUGGAUUGAAAAUUGAACCAGUGAUUGGAUCUAAAGGUUUACUAUGGAACGUCGUUGCGUUUUCUGACAGUGAUUAUGCAGGAGACCCAGAUUCGAGAAAAUCAGUGAGUGGUUUUAUGUUUAUCUAUGUGGAGUUCCAAUCUGUUGGAGAAGCAAAGCGCAACGAACAGUGA